UUACCCAUGCCUUGGACACUAACACACCCCCAUACCAUCACAGAUGCUGGCUUUUGAACUUUGCGCCUACAACAAUCCAGAUGGUUCUUUUCCUCUUUGGUCCGGAGGACACGACGUCCACAGUUUCCAAAAACAAUUUGAAAUGUAGACUUGUGAGAUCACAGAACACUUUUUCCACUUUGCAUCAGUCCACCUUUGAUGAGCUCGGGCCCAGCAAAGCCGGCGGCGUUUCUGGGUGUUGUUGAUAAAUGGCUUUCGCUCUGCCUAGUCGAGUUUUAACUUGCACUUACAGAUGUAAUACAUAUGUAAUGUUUUAGAUGGUAAAGAGCUGCUGAUGUAAUUGACUUAAUGUGGCUGUUACAGUUUAAGUCUGAGUCCAGUAUUACCGCUAGAUAUCUAAUCUGAUCAUUAUGUUUCAGGGAGAGAGUCUGAAGGCGACAAAUUAUAGUUUCUCUUUGCUUCUGUGGGCCAAACACAAUGAGCGUCGUCCUUUAUCCCCAAGAAGAAUCGGUCACAAAACAAACAACAAGCGGCCAAAAAGAGUUUUCUCUGUAGGGUGGAUGGACUCACGCUUCGCACCAAGAGGAGCCAGUUGAUGUGGCAUGUAGUCCAGAUGCCUCCUGAACGCAUUCCUGAUGAGGUGUUUUGGACAUGCCCAGCCAAGAUAAAACCCUGUGGUAGACCAAGGACAUGCUGGAGGGAUUAUGUCUCAACGUCUGUCUCGGGGACUCCUCUGUGUCUCCUCUUUGGAGCUGGAAGAGGUAGCCAUUGACCGGGAUUGUCUUGGCUUUUGGAAUGAGACUGCUGACCACGCGAUCUGGAUAAGCGGAAUAAAUGGACAUCCAGCAGCUGAGUGGUCGUCAAGAAGAACAUCCCCCGACGCCACAGGACGGAAGUUUCACUUUGAAGCAGGAGGAUCCACAGCCUUUCUACUUUAAAGAGGAAGAGGAGGAACUAAUGAUCAGUCAGUCAGGAGAAGAGUGUCUUCUCGGGCUGUGGGAGGCUGAUCUCACCAAGUUGCCUCUGACUGGUGUCUCUGUGAAGACUGAAGACCAUGAAGACAAACCACAAGUUGACAACCUCUUAGCUCCUUUAUCAGAUAGUGACGACAUAACGUCACAAUCUACUGAGGAUGAAGACGAGGACCACACCCAAGUACCUUUGAGCAGCAAUACAGACUGUGAAGGUGAUACGAGGACUCACACUGACAACAAACACCCUGAAUGCGCUGAAGAGAAGAAAGGUAAAAAAGGUUUUACCUGCUCAGUUUGUGAUAAAAGCUUUUGUAGUAAAAAUUAUUCCGUUCGACACAUGAGAAUACACACAGGAAAAAAACCUUUUAAUUGCUCAGUUUGUGGUAAUACAUUUUCUCAGAAGUCCAAUUUGACUAAACACAUGAGAACACACACAGGAGAGAAACCCUUUACUUGUUCAGUUUGUGGUGACAAAUAUGCUCGGAGGGACAAGCUGAAAUUGCACAUGACAACGCACACCAGAAAAAAACCUUUUAGUUGUUCAGAUUGCGGAGCUAAAUUUUCUCGGACAGAUGGCCUGAAAAUACACAUGAGAAGGCACACGGGGGAAAAACCUUACAUUUGCUCAGUGUGCUGCAGAACAUUUUCACGUAAGUUCACCUUGACUGCACACAUGAGAACACACACAGGGGAAAGACCUUUCAACUGCUCGGUUUGUGGCGAUACAUUUUCUCAUAAGGGCUCUUUGACUGCGCACAUUAGAACACACACAUUUUAGAAACGUUUUAUUUGUUCAGUUUGUGGUAAUACAUUUUCCUGGAGGCUCAGCCUGAAAUUACACAUGAGAACGCACACAGCAGAAAAACCUUACAUUUGCUCAGUUUGCUGCAAAACAUUUUCUCAUAAGUCCACCUUGACUGGACACAUGAGAACACACACAGGGGAAAAACCAUUC